CGGCAGUGUACUCCUUGCCCACAAUUGACUCCUUCACCGCCGUUCUGUCUCCAUGGUACCAGCCUAGGCCAGGCGAGCUUGGAAACGUUGAGCAUUUCCCUCCCCCUCAUUUUUUGCGACAGUUACAGCGAAAGUCACGGCUGUGGAGGCUGGUGUCAGCUGAUUUACCGCAGCGGCGGCGGCUGCAGCGGCAGGAGCUUCACCCUGCAGCUCCGGCGGGGAGCGGCGGCUGGGAUAGGGUUUUGGUCCCCAAGGUUUUCCCCGCCCGGAUUUUCCCACUACACAGUCUUCUUAGAUACGUCCUUGCUUUGUGCUCCUUUGCCGGGGCGUCUACCUGUGAUCCGACAGACAACAUCACCGCAUGAGAUGAAGCUGUGACAGACUUGAAACACAAUGGCAGGAAACAGCCUGGUUCUGCCCAUCGUCCUUUGGGGCCGCAGAGCGCCCACACACUGCAUCUCAGCGGUGCUCUUAACCGACGACGGGGCCACGGUCGUCACCGGAUGCCACGACGGCCAGAUAUGUCUCUGGGAUCUUUCAGCAGAAUUGGAAGUGAACCCUCGAGCACUGUUAUUUGGUCACACGGCUUCGAUCACCUGUCUGUCCAGAGCGUGCGCUUCCGGUGAUAAACAGUACAUCGUGAGCGCGUCUGCGAGCGGAGAGAUGUGUCUCUGGGAUGUGAAUGAUGGCCGAUGCAUUGAAUUUACAAAAUUAGCCUGCACACACACUGGCAUACAGUUCUAUCAGUUCUCUGUUGGAAAUCAGAGAGAAGGAAGGCUGCUGUGCCAUGGCCAUUAUCCUGAAAUCCUUGUCGUGGAUGCCACCAGCCUUGAGGUGUUGUACUCCUUGGUAUCAAAGAUAUCUCCAGACUGGAUCAGCUCCAUGAGCAUCAUUCGGUCCCACCGAACGCAAGAGGACACCGUGGUAGCCCUCUCAGUGACGGGCAUCUUGAAGGUGUGGAUUGUUACCUCCGACCUGAGUGGCAUGCAGGAUACUGAACCAAUAUUUGAGGAGGAAUCCAAACCAAUUUAUUGUCAGAAUUGCCAAAGCAUCUCUUUUUGUGCAUUCACACAAAGGUCACUUUUGGUUGUGUGCUCCAAAUAUUGGAGGGUGUUCGAUGCUGGAGACUAUUCCCUGCUGUGUUCCGGGCCCAGCGAGGACGGGCAGACGUGGACUGGCGGUGACUUCGUGUCAGCAGAUAAAGUCAUCAUCUGGACUGAAAAUGGGCAGAGUUACAUUUACAAACUUCCUGCCAGUUGCCUUCCGGCCAGCGAUUCUUUCCGCAGUGACGUGGGGAAGGCGGUUGAAAAUUUAAUUCCUCCCGUACAACACAGCCUCUUGGCUCGAACAAAUAAAGAGUUGCUAAUUUGUCCUCCUGUUACUCGGUUCUUCUGUGGAGCCAGGGAGCACUCCCAUAAACUGUUAAUUCAGGGAGAUUCUUCUGGAAGGUUGAAUAUUUGGAACAUACCAGACACUCCUGAUAAACAGGAAAGUGAAGAAGGUAACAGAAAGUCAGGAUUGGAAAUAACAACUUCCGUUAGUUUGCAAGAGGCAUUUGAUAAGCUCGUUCCUUGUCCUGCUGGAAUUAUAGAUCAGCUGAGUGUGAUUCCCAACAGUAACGAACCUCUUAAAGUGACCGCGAGCGUGUACAUACCAGCCCACGGACGACUCGUGUGUGGCCGCGAAGACGGGAGCAUCGUCAUCGUGCCCGCCACCCAGACGGCCAUCGUGCAGCUGCUGCAGGGGGAACACAUGCUCCGAAGAGGUUGGCCACCUCACAGAACUCUCCGAGGUCAUCGGAACAAAGUCACAUGUUUGCUAUAUCCUCAUCAGGUCUCAGCUCGCUACGACCAAAGACACCUGGUAUCUGGAGGUGUGGAUUUUUCGGUCAUAAUCUGGGACAUAUUUUCUGGAGAAAUGAAACACAUCUUCUGUGUACACGGUGGCGAGAUUACUCAACUCCUAGUUCCACCUGAGAACUGUAGUGCGAGAGUGCAGCACUGCGUCUGCUCGGUAGCCAGUGACCACUCAGUAGGACUCCUGAGCUUGCGAGAGAAAAAGUGCAUUAUGCUGGCAUCCCGCCAUCUCUUCCCCAUUCAAGUGAUCAAGUGGAGGCCCUCGGACGACUACCUGGUAGUGGGCUGUGCCGACGGCUCCGUGUACGUCUGGCAGAUGGAUACUGGCGCCUUGGAUCGCUGCGUGAUGGGCAUCACAGCCGUCGAGAUCCUGAAUGCCUGUGACGAGGCCGUCCCCGCCGCGGUGGACUCGCUCAGCCACCCGGCCGUCAACCUCAAGCAGGCCAUGACGCGGCGCAGUCUCGCCGCUCUGAAGAACAUGGCCCACCAUAAGCUGCAGACCCUGGCAACGAACCUCCUGGCUUCCGAGGCGUCCGACAAAGGAAAUUUACCUAAAUACUCCCACAACUCCCUGAUGGUCCAGGCACUGAAGACCAACCUAGCGGACCCCGACGUGCACGUGCUGUUCUUCGAUGUGGAGGCGCUGAUUAUCCAGCUCCUGACUGAGGAAGCCUCCAGGCCGAACACGGCGCUCAUUUCCCCGGAGAACCUGCAGAAAGCAUCUGGCAGGGCAGACAAAGGGGGCUCCUUCCUCACCGGGAAGCGGGCCGCCGUCCUCUUCCAGCAGGUGAAGGAGACCAUCAAGGAGAACAUAAAGGAGCACCUCCUGGACGACGAGGAGGAGGACGAGGAGGCCAUGAGGCAGAGGAGGGAGGAGAGUGACCCCGAGUAUCGGGCCAGCAAGUCCAAGCCCCUGACCCUGCUCGAGUACAACUUGACCAUGGACACGGCCAAACUGUUUAUGUCCUGCCUGCACGCCUGGGGCCUGAACGAGGCUCUGGACGAAGUGUGCCUGGACCGCCUGGGCAUGCUGAAGCCCCACUGCCCCGUGUCCUUCGGCCUGCUGUCCAGAGGAGGUCACAUGUCACUGAUGCUUCCCGGGUAUAACCGGGCUGCGGGCAAGCUGUCGCACGGGAAGGUGGAAGUGGACAGGAAGCUCGCGGCGACGGCGACGGAGGGAGUGGGGCGGGGCACGUACGGAGUGUCCCGGGCCGUCACCACGCAGCACCUCCUGUCCGUCAUAUCUCUGGCAAACACCCUGAUGAGCAUGACCAAUGCGACUUUCAUUGGCGACCACAUGAAGAAGGGCCCUACCAGGCCACCUAGACCAAGCACCCCAGACCUCUCUAGGGCACGGGGUUCCCCUCCAACAUCCAGAAAUAUUGUGCAAGGACAGAUUAAACAAGUGCCUGCACCUGUCACUUCUGCUCGGGCUGACGCCGACCACUCUGGCUCUGGCCCCGCCUCUACUCCUGCUUUCCAUACCUGUUUCUUAGUAAAUGAAGGGUGGAGCCAGCUGGCCGCCAUGCACUGCGUCAUGCUGCCGGACCUGCUGGGGCUGGACAAGUUCCGUCCCCCGCUUCUGGAGAUGCUCGCUCGGAGGUGGCAGGACCGGUGCCUGGAGGUCCGAGAAGCCGCGCAGGCCCUGCUGCUGGCUGAGCUGAGGAGGAUCGAGCAGGCCGGGCGGAAGGAGGCCAUCGACGCCUGGGCCCCGUACUUGCCCCAGUACAUGGACCACGUCAUGUCACCUGGGGUCUCAGCCGAAGCCAUGCAGACGGUCACUGCGGCUCCGGACACCACCUCGGGGACCGAGGCCAAAGUCCAAGAGGAAGAGCAUGACCUUGUUGAUGACGACAUCACAGCUGGUUGCUUAUCAAGCGUCCCACAAAUGAAAAAAAUUUCCACAUCGUACGAGGAAAGAAGGAAACAGGCUACCGCUAUUGUUUUACUGGGAGUGAUAGGAGCUGAAUUUGGUGCCGAAAUCGAACCUCCUAAACUGUUGACCAGACCGCGAAGCUCUAGUCAAAUUCCCGAGGGAUUUGGUUUGACCAGUGGUGGAUCCAACUACUCCUUGGCCAGACAUACUUGCAAAGCGCUGACGUUUCUUCUGCUCCAGCCGCCGAGCCCCAAGCUGCCUCCGCACAGUACCAUCCGGAGAACAGCGACCGACCUGAUUGGGCGCGGGUUCACGGUGUGGGAGCCGUACAUGGACGUGUCGGCCGUCCUGAUGGGGCUGCUAGAGCUCUGUGCCGAUGCUGAGAAGCAGCUGGCCAACAUCACAAUGGGGCUGCCUCUGAGCCCAGCAGCUGACUCCGCCCGCUCAGCGAGGCAUGCCCUCUCCCUCAUUGCCACGGCCAGACCACCCGCCUUCAUCACCACCAUUGCCAAGGAGGUCCACAGACACACCGCUCUGGCGGCCAACACCCAGUCGCAGCAGAACAUGCACACGACGACGCUUGCGCGGGCCAAGGGGGAGAUUCUGAGAGUCAUCGAGAUUCUCAUUGAGAAGAUGCCCACGGAUGUCGUGGAUCUUCUUGUGGAGGUUAUGGACAUCAUUAUGUACUGCCUGGAAGGGUCUCUGGUUAAGAAGAAGGGUCUUCAGGAGUGUUUCCCGGCCAUCUGCAGGUUCUACAUGGUCAGCUAUUACGAGCGGAACCACAGGAUCGCAGUCGGGGCGCGCAGUGGCUCGGUGGCCCUUUACGACAUCCGGACGGGGAAGUGCCAGACGAUCCAUGGACACAAGGGACCGAUCACCGCCGUGGCCUUCGCUCCUGAUGGACGCUAUCUCGCCACCUACUCAAACAGUGACAGCCACAUUUCCUUCUGGCAGAUGAACACCUCUCUGCUGGGAAGCAUCGGCAUGCUGAACUCGGCUCCCCAGCUGCGCUGCAUGAAAACCUACCAGGUGCCCCCCGUGCAGCCGGCCUCCCCCGGCCCCCACAACGCCCUCCGACUGGCGCGGCUCAUCUGGACUUCCAACCGCAACGUCAUCCUGAUGGCCCACGACGGGAAGGAGCACCGCUUCAUGGUCUGAGGCUGGCGUCGCCGGCCUGCCCCUCGGCACCUUCCGUUCCCCACGCCGAGAUUCCUCCGUCCUUGCGCCAGGGCUGGGUCACUGCCCGGUGCCUGCCCACCCAGGGUUCCCCAGGGAGGCGGCCAGCUCUGUGUCACUUCUGCAUGGUCCGGGACAGAUGCCGGCUCCUGCCACCUCCGGGUUCAGAGGCACGCACCUGGCGCUCUGCAGGCUGGGGCCCUUCUGUCACGAGGUCACCUUCCUGCCCGAGAGGGAGGGGCAGCCAGCGGUCCCUGGGAACGCUCCGGGGCUGGUGCAGCCGAGCCUGGAAAUCAAUAAACUCUGUGAUUGCAGCCCAGCCCAGGUCGGCGCUUCCUCCCGCCGAACCCCCUUCUUGAAGCGCUGCUCCAGCCUGGCCGUCUUGACUUGGGUCUGAGGUCACGCGGCAGUCCUAAUUGUCAAAGUUAUUGUCCUUUGGGUUUCCUAAAACAUACUAUUGUUUACCAAAAAGAUUCUGUGUUUACAGGGGUUUUUUCCUUCAGCUGAUUGUUAGGAAAUUGCUCAAUCGAUUUCCUAGGGUGUAGCCACUACCUUCUUUAUCAAUAAUACCUAACUGAUCUGAGAUUAAUGAGAAUAUAUUAAAAAAAACACAUUUUUUUCCUUGUGGAGAACACAGUUUCCCAGACACCUAGCAUUCUAAAAUGCUCAUACCCUGCUUAGUGAUGGUGUAUUUAGUGGUUUAAAAAUAAAAUCAUCUCUGCUGAUGACCUAGUUAAUAUCAUUAUCCAGCCGCCAUAACUAAUGUGUUGAACAGACUUUUAUAAUCAAGAACCAAGUCUGGAAGCAUAACACAUGCCUGAGAAGCAGACAGCUGUGUCUGUCACUACAGGCCUUUUCAGGAAAGAGCUUCCCCUUCCCUCCAGAAACUGUGGAGACCUGCAGUCCCCUGCUAGGGCUUAUGUCCACUACCGUGCAAUAGUGACAGUUCAGCCUUCAAACUAUUGCUGACCAAUCAAAGGAAAGCAAAGGCAGCAUUUCUUUUAACCAGGUAUCCUGGCACAUCAGUAACAGCAGGGCAGGGUUCAGGAGCGUAUACAGAGAUGUGAGGGUGCGCCAGCCUGAGCAAACACUCACCGAGAGUGUGCGUCACGCUCUGGAGUCAGCUUUAACGAGGCGGCUUUUCCCUAUGUCCAGCUCUGCUGGCUCUUGCUCAUAGUAAUGGGGGGGCAGGAUCCAUAAAAUAGUAUUUUGUGUGAAUUGCUCCUAACAAACCUCCAUCUGCAUAUAGCUGGGGAUUUGGUUGGUUGGCCAGUUGGGUAACAUGGUUUAUUAAUGCAGAAAGAUCAAAUGAGUUAUGAAAUUCGGAGAAAACAUGUGAUGUUUACAAAGGAACCAAAAUGGUAAUGGGAGCAUUUAACUUGAAGAGCCUAGAUGUCAGGGUUUACGGGAUAAAUAAGAGUAAGAUCGCAGUCUGGGAUCAAAUGCCUCUGUGAUUUUAUUGGAGCAGAUUUUUAAAGACCACGUACAGAAACCAAGACCACUAGAACACCCCUUUCCUGUUGAUAUGAAGCACAUUGUUUCCACUGGUGGAAAACCUGUGCUUUUCCCUGGUCGUAGACUUCGGGUGUUCUUUCACAAGCGAAUUUAUGAAACAUGCAUGCACAUUGUAUUUAUACAGAUUAUAUAUGUAGUUUCCAGGAAGAAACAGGACCACACAGUGCAGGCUUUACUCGUGUGCUGAACGCACGGCUGUUCCGCUGUGGAUAGAGAAACCCGAGGCCAGCAGAAGGGGCACCCAGAGGCGCCUCCCGACUCCUCGCGAGACCCAGCACACGUUUGCUUCGUGAACUCGAAUGGGGAUUAAUUUAUUCUGCACUACGCAGGGAUGUCGGAACGAUGAAGUGGGAGGAUACCUUGGAGAUUUUUUAAAACAAAGUGUUGAGUGCCUCGGGAGGAAGGCGUGAGACCGCAGGGCAGGCCACCACACGCGCACGGGUGGGGGACGCGCGGCGUGGAGAUGAGGACGGCACCGGGAGGCCCACGGGAGCGGCACACCGCGCAGUGGGCUUGACCGGCCCGGUCACCCGUUGUCUGCACAGCCGGCGGUUAUUGGCCAGGAGAAUAUUCCAGCUACAGCGCUCUGGACUGGAUAGUAUUUGAGGGUUCGACAGCUGCCUCUGCCUGCUGAACUAAUAUUUGCAUUCUUGUGAGCCCAAAUCUCCCCGUGGCUGUGCCGACAGCCCCCCGGCUUAGAUUCGUCGGCCCGGCGGAGCCCAGCUUCGUGCCGUCAUUCCAGUGCGUGUGUUCAGUGGUGUGUGAGCGUCGCCGGCGCUGUAUGUGGACCUGUCCUCGUACAUGUGGAGGCAUGUGUGGCUGCGUGGACGGUUUACAAGCAGAAGGUCACGUGACAUGACACCUGUGUGAAAUGGUAACGCUUGAACUGGCUGUGUACAGAGUGAAUUAAAGUAUCUGCCUCUCAAGACGUUUCUUGAUGACUCCACUUAAUUGAUAGGCUCUAUGUGUGCUGAGUGUUCCUCUGUACAUACGUGUGUUAAAUAAAAGUGGAUUGUACUGGA